UCCUACUGAGAUAUGCCAUCUUUUCAGAUUCUUCGCCCGUUCUUUGGUUUCCUGCGGGACCCCCCGCAUUCUAUUCUAUUUUCCACAGUUUCCUUCUCCCUGUUGGAUUCUGCAACAAACACGCAGAGCAGGGGAAAGCCCACCUAACCAAAACAAAUAGAAAAUGGAACGAAACAGUCGCUUGCACGAUCUAAGCAAAAUCCCACCUUUAGAUAUUUAUAUUUCUUUUAUUGUAUAAACAAAUUUUCCCAAAAAAAGAGGCUCGUAUACUCGAGCACGCCGCAUUCGUUCCAUUCAUAUAUUUCGGUUUUGCCUUUUCUUCGGUUUCUGGUUAACCAGACUUUUGCUGAGAAAGCCCAGAAAAGAGAUUGGUUUUGCGGUUCUGGUUCUUUUCCUUCUUUACAGUUUACACAGGCGUCUGCUGAAUAUUCAGGUUGUGGCGGUGAGUUUGUGUGUAAAUAAAGUUUGGCUAAGCCUGGUUUCUGCUCCGUUGCUUUGGUGUUAUGGGUGAAGUCUUGAUAAUCUGUCUUUGCCUCUGGGUUUUGGGACAUUGGAUUUUGCUUGUAAGAUGGUUGUUUUGUGUGGUAUUUGCUUGUAAGACGCUUGCUAUGAGACCUUUUUUUUUUUUUUUUUUUUUUCCUUUAAUGAUAUUCUGAUGUGUCUUGUCCUUAGUUUCUGAUUUCUGUUGAUGGGUUCAAAGAUUCAUGAAUUUUGGUAACGGAUUUGUGUUGUCUGGUUGUUAUAUAGUUCGUUUAUGACAAUUCUCAUUGAUAAAUGUUGUUAAAUUAGAGAUUUAGGAGUUUUUUCUUUUUCUCCGGCUGACACUGAUUGUUUCCUCCUUGCGUGCAACCCUGUAGCAUUAGUAUUGUUCUCUCAAACAUAAUUUUACCAAGUUGUUUUGCUGUGUUUUUACUUCUGUAUCCUUCCUGAUAUUUCUUAUUAGAAAUGAGUCUCUUGAUGUCCUUUUCUCUUACAUUUGGAUUGGAUUAUUUGGAGUAUCAUGAUCUGUUACAUUAAAUGAAUGUAGCUUUUGGAAUUAUAUGUGUCGCUAGGCACAAUUACGAUGGAUCUAUCAGUAUGAGGAGAGGGUUGUAUUGUUAUUAAUGGCUGCACAAUUUUGGCUGUUAUAGGGGACAUAUGGACAGUUGAGGUUUUCUUAUUUUUGCUUUAAGUUGGUUAGGGAAUACUAUCUGUCUCUUUGUGUGUCUGUUCUAUUUAUUAUUGCCUUCCACAUGCUCAUAUUUCUUCUAAGUGCAUUCAAAUACUUGAUCAUAAUACAAGUGAAUGAAUAUUUUGCUCUAAAAAUUGAAUAAAAGACAAAACCUCGUAAAAUCCCUUUGAUAAAUUCAUUUUACCAUUGACGGUCCCUAAUAUGAUCUAUAAAUCAUAACAAGACACAACAAAUCAGGUAAUAUUGGUAUUCUGGAAAUUUUAUUAAGCCAUAACAUAUAAAAGUGUUAAAAAUCAUAGCUUUUUUGCCUUCUAUUUUUGAAAUUCAUAAUAAUUUAUCAUUAUUUCAAUUGGUUCCUAACCUACCUCAAAAUUUGGGACAUUUUUUCUUUUAAUUUAUCUGACCAACUCAUUUUAGGCUUCAGUUUCAUUUGAUCCCAAAGGCUGUAUGCCAUUUUUCAUUUUGUCACCUUGUUUUCAGUUUGAAGAUCUCUUGAAAACCUGUCCAGCUUGAAUUUGUGUGUAAUUUGAAACUUUUGAACUAGAGAUUGGGCUCUUGUGAGUUUUGUUCUGUAUUGCUCUGAUGGCUGAGGGGAGUGUCAAUUCACCAGUGACCCCAGAAAGAACUAAGCAUAAUGGCAACAAUUUGAGAAGAAAUUCUACAGGAAAAGCAAGUUCUUCAAACACCGGAGAAAGCAUUCUUCCUCAUUAUCUCAGGGCGUCGACUGGUUCCUGCCAUGAUUUUUGCAAGUAUGGAAGAAAACAUGCAUUUGAAGAAAAGGAAAGAUGUUCCAUGAUGAAACGAGUUGUAAAAAAAUCAUAUGACAGCAGAAAUCCAGCGGUGACUGUAGCUCUGCCAAGGAAAAAGGAGACAGUAGUGACCAAGCUCAAACCUUCACAUGAAUCUCAAUCCUAUACAUCUGAUACCCCUUGGACCAUUAAGCAUGAAGCGUCAAAACAAUCACUUGACAGUCAAAAUCCAGCAGAAAGGGAUGUUCUGGUUGAGAGGAAAAAUAAAUCAGGGGUCGAGUUUAAGUCUUCAUCUUAUUCAAAAACACCUUCACAUGAGUCUGAAUCCUAUUCAUCUGGUACCCCUCAGACCAUUAAGCGUGAAGUGUCAAAACAAUCACCUGACAGUCAAAAUCAAGUAGAAAGUAAACUUCUGGUUGAGAGGAAAAAGAAAUCAGGGGUGAAAUUUAAAUCUUCACCCUCUUCAAAAACCCAUAUAUCUCGUAACCCCAAAAUUAUGAAGCAGGAAGUGUCAUCUACUGAAAAGGUGAAAGUUUUUUCAAGAAAAGGUUCAGCAAAGGCUAAAGAUUUAAACUUGUCCAUGAAGCAUGCCACUUCUUUGAAGCUACAAUCUUUGACAAUGAAGCCAAGGUCUUUUCCAAAUUCCACAGGAGGUAAAAGUGGCCUAAGAAACGGUGAUGUCAAGACUGGCAAGAUGCCCGGGACCUUUAGAGUAGCUGCAAAGAAGGUUCUGGCUCCUCCACCAGCCUCAUUGUCUUCAAAGUCUUCUGUCAACAAAGUUGCAAAUGUGAAUGAAAGAAAGCACAGGGACUUGAAAAUUGUGUCUCCUUAUACAAAUAACAAGAUCAGAAAAGCUGAAUCUAAGCAACAUGAUGAGGUUCAGGAGAAAACCCUGUAUGUCAUAAAGAUGGAAACUGAGAAUAAACCUCUGGAAUCUGAUCAAAAUGAAAGUCAUGCGAUUGAAUUGUUGCCUGCUGCAUCAUCGCCACCUAAGUUUUCAUCCCUCCCAAAUGCUCAGUCUUCUUCAUCCCAUGAAGAAGAUUGUGAAGAGGAAUCUGAGUAUACAAUGAGUGAAGCAGAAGAUGAGUUACCCUCAGAAAGCAAUGAAACUGAGCACAUAGAAGAAGCAGACACCGUGGAAGAGGGAUACAACAGGAGGCCCAGAAAGGCUGAGUUGGUUUGUUCUGAAGAUAAAAAUGGCCAAACAUUGAAGUUAAAGUUCAGGAGAGGGAAGGUGGUUGAUAGUCAGUCUUUGACUAACAGCCCAAGGAGGCUCAAAUUCAAGCGGGGAAAAGUGUUAGGGGAGAGCCAAAAUGUCAAGGCCGUUGUCCGAAGGAGAAGCUUUAAGAGGCCAGAAGUUGACAGUGACACAUACGGCACCGAACUUGACCCACAAAAAGUUGUUUUGAGACAUCAGGAUGUGCAGGGGAAGAGAGAUGCGCAAGGUUUGUUUAAUAACGUCAUUGAAGAAACAGCAAGUAAACUUGCUGAAACCCGGAAGAGCAAGGUUAAGGCCUUGGUGGGUGCUUUUGAAACUGUGAUCUCACUCCAAGAGAAAAAACCUUCUGCAAAUACUGUCACUUGAGUUGCAAAAAGAGAACCUUUUUUUCAUCGGCAGUCCCUUGGUUUUAAAAGAAUUAUACGUAAAUAAAUGUCUGUUAACAAGAUUAUGGAGCUGCAGCCAGCUUAAUUGUAGAUUGCUGCUGUUGACAUUAGAUGGCCUGGGUGUAGAGUUGAAUGGAGAGUCUUGUAUUGUACUGAGUCAUGUGGUGUACUGUUUUUUUACAUAUAUGACCUACAUUUUCUGAAAGUCAUGCUGCGUUUUUGCUUUCCUUUCUUUUUGAAUUUCAUGCCUAAUGUGAUUGAUUUGUACAUUGUGAAUAAAACCAGCUUACUCUUGUCUUUA